UCUUAAGUGUGAAGAAGGGCACUUGCAGGGUUUAAUGUUAGUCUUGUAAAAUGGAAGAAAAUGCAAGUUCACAAGAACAAGGAAAAGAAAGAGAAUUAAAGCUAGAAUUAAAAGUGGAUCAAGUGAUCGAAGAGUACGUGGGUUCACUCGGAUUCUCCCAAAUCUUGCAUGUUUUUCUCGUCUCGAUCGCUUGGAUUUUCGAUGCGCAGAACACUCUGGUCACUAUUUUUACCGAUGCUAAGCCGCCUGCAUGGAGCAAUGGAGGACACGUGUCGUCGGUGUGUGGGUUGCCGGACGGCAGCUGGUGGUGGGUCGGCGGGAAUGAGAGCUCUAUUAUUGCUGAAUGGAACCUUGUUUGUGGCAGGAAAUUUCUCGCGGCAGCUCCGGCUUCUCUCUUCUUCUUUGGCUCUGUUCUUGGGGCAGCAUUCUAUGGCUGGAUUGGAGAUGAAGUGCUGGGGAGGAAGAAAACAGUACUACUCUCCUGUAUACUAACUUCUAUAACAACUUUCCUCACUUCAAUCUCACCAAAUAUAUGGGUAUACGCUUUGCUUCGCUUUGCAAGUGGCUUUGUGAGAUGUGGGAUUGGUAUAUGCUGCCUUGUACUAGCCACAGAAGCUGUUGGCCGCAAGUGGCGUGGCCAAGUAGGGCAGUAUGGAUUCUUCCUCUUUACUGUUGGAUUUCUUACUCUCCCUCUGGUUGCUUAUCCUUACAGAACCAGCUGGAGAAAGAUAUAUCGUGUAUUAUCCAUUCUUCCUUUGGUGUAUUCAUUACUCAUUAUCCCUCUUGUGUCGGAGUCACCACGUUGGCUGGCUGUCAAAGGAAGAAACAAAGAAGCUCUUGAUGUUCUUGGAAGGUAUGCAAGGCUUAAUGGUAAGAAGCUACCACCAAAUUUAUAUCUUUCGGAGCCAUCCUUUGGGAAAACAGGCGGGCAGGCUAAAACAAGCAUAUGGUCUGCUAAAUGGGCUACUGCAAGAAUGAUCUUAGUCAUGAUAGCUGGAUUUGGUAUCGGGUGUGUUUACUAUGGGAUCCAACUUAAUGUGGAGAAUUUGAACUUUAAUCUUUACAUAUCAGUUAUGAUCAAUGCACUUAUGGAGAUUCCAGCCAUGGCUAUCGGCACCAUACUCUUGAGCUAUACAAACCGUCGUCCACAGCUUUCUGGAUCAGCCUUCAUUGCUGGUGUUUCAUCUAUCAUUUGCAUUUCUCUUUCCAGAGAGUUGCCUAGAGAUAAAUCAAAAGGUAGCUGGACUCAAUUGAGUAUUGAAGUGGUUGGAUUAAUGGCUGCUUCAAGAGCUUUCGACAUGUUAUAUAUUGUUUGCUUGGAGCUAUUCCCAACCUAUGUAAGAAACUUUGCUGUUUCUCUGUUACGACAAUCCCUGAUGCUGGGGGCUUCUGUUUCUCCUCUGCUUGUAGCACUUGGUAGGGUAAGCCCGUCUCUUUCCUUCCUCAGUUUCGGCAUUCUUUCAGUCUGUAGUGGCCUAUUAUGCUUGUAUCUUCCCGAAACUAAGGAUGCACCAUUAUAUGAGACACUAGAGCAACAAGAAGAAGAGGAGAAGCUAAAGUCUUUUGCUACGGAUUCUUUAGACUUGGAAAAAUUUGAAGUAGAAAGUUUUGUGGUAGCUAGCGAUAUGGCAGAAUAACUUGAUCAAAGGACAACAGUAAUAAAUUAAUAGUUACAGGAACAAAAUAGCAUUUAGGUUUCUGCAGUUGUCCCGAAUAAAACUAAUUACAUUUCUUGGUAAAAAGAAUAAUAUUGUGGAAAACAGAAUUUUAGAUGUAUUAGCACCAAUUGAAUGUCUGUUA